AGGAAGGGGAGGAGUGAUUGGGGUAAACUGUGUCUGUGCAGAGCAGAGGUAACCUGUGUGCUGGGGCUAAGUGCCUAGGAAGGUUACCCUGGAUUUGCUGUUCUUGAAAAUUAACUGAGGUAGCAGUGAACAGGGCUGGUUGAAUGAGGACUGGACACCACCAAGCGACUGAAGCGCUGACCAAAGGGGAGAGCCUGGCUGAAGAGCAGUCAUUCCAUGGUUAGUAGUGACCGCUAAUGAGAAGCCUUUGAGAAGUGGUCUGAUUGCCUCAGUCCAGUUCCACCACCUUGACAUCUGGGCCAUCGUUGCUGAUCUCCCCAGCAGGACCACCGACGGAACGGGUCAUUGACAAGAAACAAAAUGGAUGUCUAAAGAUGGUGCCCACCCAGAAAGAAGUGGUGCACGUCUCUGAGGCAUGAUUCCGAAGGUGAACUCCCAAUGAUGCUGCAGCCCAAGCUGUACAUGCCUCUGUGGAUAAUCAUAGAGGACUUCAGUCUGUUGGGAUUUCACUCCAGCCCCUUGAGGGGCUGCGGGGACACAGACUUUCCUUCUGUCUCAGAAUAUGAGCAGUGUAAAAGUGUCAAUGAAAAAGUAAUACAGCCCAGGCCGUCACAUUGUCCCAGUGCAACUGCACUGUCCCGCUGAGCCAUAGACUGAUGUAUUUUCCUGCAGCCCAAAAAGAAGGAACCUCCUGUAGGUCCAGUGAUACUGUGGUCUGUUACUCCUUCCCUUAUCAGCAACAGCUUGUGCACUAGCAGUAAGUGCUUCUAUGUAAGCCAUGCAGGAUUUUAAAUCCAUUUUGCAUCUGAUUGUAGCCAAGAUUGUUGGCUAUAGCUACGGCCAAAAAUGUUACAUUCCUUGGCUUCUCUGUGACCUGUUUACUGUCAACUACAUUAAAUUAAUGAGCAACUCUAGUGGGAAGACAGAAUGGAGAGACUGGGAUGAGAAUCAGCAGGGCCCUCUCCAGCUCUGUAGGGCAAGUGCAGAAACUGUGGCAAGAGCCUGUCUACAGCUUGAUAACAAGUGUGGUGCGGCAGAGGCUGUAGUCUUGAAAAACAGCUGAUGCCAAGGAAUACAACAUAUCAUGUUACACCAGAGCUCUACACAAAGUGGCAAGAGACAUUGGCCGAUUGAAGUUAUUCUCCUGACGAGAGAGGCUACAGCAUCCUGGAGCUCAGCUGCCAAUCAAAAAAGAUUUAUGGGCUAUAUUGUGACAAAAGCCAGUUGAUCUGGAAUUCAUGAGGUCUGGGGUGAAGGGAGAAAUUUGCCUUUUUUUAGGUCUGCUUAUUGAUGGGUUUUGUCUCUCUGGAUUUUCUCUUGAGGACAGCGUAGCCAGAAUAAUGCUGUGAACUAUUCCAAAUGUACUAUAGACACGGGGGAGAAUUCAAUAUGGAAGACAUAUAGCUCAAAUAAGCAACACAUGUUCCUGUGGAAUAGGCAUGUUUCAUAUGUAAUGCUAUAAAUAAAACAAUUCUGUUUCCCCUGCUGAAUGUUCUGACUCUCCGCAGCAAAAACAGGAGCUGCUGCUUGAAACAGACCCGCCAUGUUGCUUAGCAAUGCACGUGGGGAAGGCUCAACUUUUCACCUUCACAUUGCUUUUCAGCCCAGACCGGUAAAUUGAAGCCCUUUGUGCUCUUGUCUAAUGUCUCAGGAAAUAAGGAAGGCCCAUUCGGAUUGUAAGUUGUCUUUUGCUUGUAUUCAAAGCAAAAGGAUCACGGCAGAAACAGAGAAAUGUGUGAGAGCAUGAGGGGCUGUAAGUGAAAUCCGGGUCCAAUUAAAGUCAGCAGGAGUUGCCCUAUUGAUGUGAAUGGGCCAAAGGUACGUCCAUGAUGUACGAAGUAUGCUCCAGGCCCUCUCCUGAAGGGUGGAACAGAGGCAGCUUGGCUUUUUCCUUUGGGCUGGAGGCACCUGUCACAUACUGGUGGGAUAUCUCAUCGUACACUGAAAUCUGCAGAAGGAGUUUGUAUCUAAUCAACCUGAUACAAGUGUCUCUACAAGUGGAUAUUGUUCCAAGUCAGGUGGAGAUCAGCGUUGGAGAAUCCAAAUUCUUCUUAUGUCAAGUGACUGGGGAAGCCAAAGCCAAAGACAUUUCCUGGUUCUCCCCCAACGGCGAGAAGCUGACGCCCAACCAGCAGCGCAUCUCGGUGGUGCGGAACGAUGACUUCUCCUCCACCCUCACCAUUUACAGCGCCAACAUCGACGACGCCGGCAUCUACAAGUGUGUCGUCACCAGUGAGGAGGAGGGCGACUCUGAGGCCACCGUCAACGUGAAAAUCUUCCAGAAGCUGAUGUUCAGGAACGCUCCCACCCCUCAGGAGUUCCAGGAGGGGGAAGAUGCGGUGAUUGUGUGCGAUGUGCUCAGCUCGCUGCCUCCCACCAUUAUGUGGAAACAUAAGGACAGGGACGUUGUCCUGAAAAAAGAUGUCCGAUUUAUAGUCUUGCCCAACAACUUCUUGCAAAUCCGGGGAAUCAAGAAAACGGAUGAGGGGACGUACCGCUGUGAGGGCAGAAUCCUGGCUCGUGGGGAGGUCAAUUUCAAGGAUAUUCAGGUCAUCGUGAAUGUGCCUCCUUCCGUCCGUGCCAGGCAGAACACAAUGAAUGCUACGGCCAAUCUCAGCCAGUCUGUCACCUUAGUGUGCGAUGCUGAUGGCUUUCCUGAGCCAGCCAUGAGCUGGAUGAAGGAUGGGGACUUGAUAGAACGGGGGGACAAUGACAAGAAAUACGACUUCAACUACGAUGGCUCUGAGCUGACCAUCAAGAAGGUAGAGAAGAGCGACGAGGCGGAGUACACCUGCACCGCUGAGAACAAGGCCGGAGAGCAGGAGGCCAUCAUCCACCUCAAAGUCUUCGCAAAACCCAAAAUCACUUACGUGGAGAACAAAACUGCCAUGGAACUGGAGGACCAGAUCACGCUGACCUGCGAGGCUUCCGGGGACCCAAUCCCCUCCAUCACCUGGAGAACCUCCACCCGGAACAUCAGCAACGAAGAGAAGGCUUCGUGGACUCGGCCCGAGAAGCAAGAGACUCUGGAUGGGCGCAUAGUGGUGCGCAGCCAUGCCCGAGUGUCCUCCCUGACGCUCAAGGACAUUCAGUACACGGACGCUGGAGAAUACGUGUGCACGGCCAGCAACACCAUCGGGCAAGACUCCCAGGCCAUGUACCUUGAAGUGCAAUAUGCCCCCAAGCUGCAGGGCCCUGUGGCGGUCUACACCUGGGAGGGGAACCAAGUGAACAUCACGUGCGAGGUGUUUGCUUAUCCCAGUGCUGCCAUCUCCUGGUUCCGGGACGGGCAGCUGCUGCCAAGCUCCAACUACAGUAACAUCAAGAUCUACAACACCCCAUCAGCCAGUUACCUGGAGGUGACCCCGGAUUCCGAGAAUGACUUUGGGAACUAUAACUGCACCGCAGUGAAUCGCAUCGGCCAGGAGUCCUCCGAAUUCAUCCUUGUGCAAGCAGAUACUCCGUCCUCUCCUUCCAUUGACAGAGUGGAGCCUUACUCCAGCACUGCCCAGGUGGAGUUUGAUGAGCCGGAGGCCACCGGUGGGGUGCCCAUCCUCAGGUACAAGGCGGAAUGGAGAGCACUGGGCGAGGAGGAUUGGCAUUCCGGGUGGUAUGAUGCCAAAGAAGCAAACAUGGAGGGCAUUAUCACCAUCAUGGGCCUGAAGCCAGAGACAACCUAUGCCAUCAGACUGUCAGCCAUCAAUGGCAAGGGCCUGGGAGAGAUCAGUGCAGUGUCUCAAUUCAAGACCCAGCCAGUUCGCAUUCCUCGUUCACCAACUCAUGUUGCCCCACCCGCCCAUUUCGCAGACACAACCCAGCCUCCUACCAGAUCCGAAAGCACAGAGCAGAUGAAAGGGGAACCCAGCGCACCCAAACUGGAGGGCCAGAUUGGAGAAGACGGGAACUCCAUUAAAGUGAACUUUAUCAAGCAGGAUGAUGGAGGCUCCCCGAUCAGACAUUAUCUGAUCAAAUACAAAGCUAAGCAGUCCUCAGACUGGAAACCAGAGAUCAGACUCCCUUCUGGCAGCGACCACGUCAUGCUUAAGUCCCUCGAGUGGAAUGCAGAGUAUGAGGUCUACGUGAUAGCUGAGAACCAGCAAGGGAAAUCCAAGCCUGCACACUAUGCUUUCAGGACUUCAGCUCAGCCUACUGUAAUCCCAGCCAGCACCAGCCCCACGUCAGGCCUAGGGACCGCUGCCAUCGUGGGCAUCCUCAUCGUCGUCUUUGUGCUGCUCCUGGUGGCCGUGGACAUCACCUGCUACUUCCUGAACAAGUGCGGCCUGCUGAUGUGCAUCGCGGUGAACCUGUGCGGCAAGUCUGGGCCCGGGGCCAAGGGCAAAGACAUGGAGGAGGGCAAAGCUGCCUUCUCAAAAGACGAGUCAAAAGAGCCCAUCGUGGAGGUGCGGACUGAGGAGGAGCGGACCCCGAACCACGACGGGGGCAAACACACAGAGCCCAACGAGACCACGCCGCUGACGGAGCCUGAGCACCCAGCUGACACUACAGCUACGGUGGAGGACAUGCUGCCUUCCGUAACCACGGGCACCACUAAUUCUGACACUAUCACCGAAACCUUUGCCACUGCUCAGAACAGCCCGACCAGCGAGACCACCACCCUGACUUCCAGUAUUGCCCUGCCAGCCACAGCUAUCCCUGACUCAAACUCCGUGCCGCCCAGCCAGGCCACUCCGGCCAAAGGGGCGGCCACCUCAGCUUCCUCGCCACUGUCCUCCUCGGCCCCCAAAGUCGCCCCCCUGGUUGACCUCAGCGACACCCCAACAUCUGCUCCGGCCACUAGUAAUUUGUCUUCGAGUGUCCUGGCCAACCAAGGGGCAGUGCUCAGUCCCAGCAAUGCCACCGGCAUGGCUGAGGCCUCAAAGGCGCCAGCUGGUAGCAAGCCGUCUGCCCCAGCCCCUGCAAACCCCGCUAGCCCUCCAGCUUCUUCAGAGCCCAAGCAGGAGGUGUCAAGCACCAAAAGCCCAGAAAAGGAAGCUGUACAACCCAGCAUGGUGAAGAGUCCAACAGAAACAGCCAAGAACCCAACUAACCUGAAGAGCGAGGCUGCCUCAGGCAGCACCACAAACCCCUCCCAGAACGAGGACUUUAAAAUGGACGAAGGGACCUUCAAGACCCCAGACAUUGACCUUGCAAAGGAUGUUUUUGCAGCUCUUGGCACUUCUGCUCCUGCCAGUGUGGCUAGUGGGCAAGCUCGCGAGCUUGCUGCUCCCACUGUAGACAGCUCUGUACCGCUGGCACCGGCAAAGACCGAGAAAACCCCUGUAGAAGAAAAAUCUGAGGUGCAAGCAACGGAACCGAAGACACCUCCACCAGAAGUCAAGACGGUCCCCAACGAAGCCACACAAACAAAUGAAAACGAGAGCAAAGCAUGAUCAGCAGCAGCAAAGAACAAAAAAUGACAGAACAACUUCACCUGAGCAUUUAAAACACAACACACAUCUCAUUCCUCUAGUGUCUUUUGCCUUUAAAAGAAAAACAGACAAAAUGAAAGAAUGCAUAAAUGGGGAUCUCUUUU